UCACACUCCAGCGAUUCACAAUCAUCGCCGCAAGCAAUUUCCUCGGCAAACUCCGACGAAGGCCCCCCCGCGCGUCAUACCUUAGCGAGCAGGCGUACCCUACCAUUACCGCGGGCUUCUUUCCGACCGACCCUCCGUCGAACCCUAUAGAAAUAGCUUGCCAACCCCACAACGCCGCACGCGACCUGCCCGCCUGUCACGCUCCAUCUGCAACGGGCGCUCUACCCCUCUCCAGCCGCUUCCGCACCUCCUCCGCACCCCCCACAUCGCAAACAUGAGCUCCACGAGCAACCGCGACAUGCCCAUCGACGCUGGCCUGAGCGGCACCGAAAACAUGACACUCGAAAACUACACCUUCCCUUCACAGAGACUCAAGAAGAGUCUGUCAAAACCCAACAAGCAGCCGCUGGUCUUGGUAUCUUGCGGCUCAUUCUCCCCACCUACGAACCUACACCUGCGCAUGUUCGAGGAAGCAGCAGACUACUGCGAAUUUGAGACUGAAUACGAAGUCGUUGGCGGCUUCUUCAGCCCCGUCGGCGAUGCAUACAAGAAGGCUGGACUUGCAUCUGCGCAGCACCGGAUCAACAUGACGCGCAUCGCCGUACAAGACAGCUCGACCUGGAUUGGCGUCGAUCCGUGGGAGCCGCUGCACAAAGAGUACCUGCCAACUGUAAAGGUCCUGGACCACUUCGACCACGAAUUAAACGAGGUCAUGGACGGCAUUCCGGACGUGAAUGGCAAGAAGCAGCGCAUCCACGUUGCGCUCCUCGCUGGCGCAGAUCUGAUCCAGACCAUGAGCACACCGGGGCUUUGGGCGCAAGAGGAUCUCAACCGGAUCUUGGGCCACUACGGCGCAUUCAUCUUGGAGCGCAGCGGCACAGACAUUGACGACGCGCUUGUCAGCCUGCAGCAAUUCCGCGACCAUAUCCGGGUCAUUCCCCAACUCAUCCAGAACGACGUAUCCUCAACCAAGAUCCGCCUCUUCCGGAAGCGGGGCAAGAGCAUCCGCUACUACAUCCCUGACCAGGUUAGCCGUUUCCACCUCAUGAAUAACGCCGGGGGACCAUGUACGAGCGAUUUUGGAUUUUCAUCUACACUCUACCACAUGCCGCGCCGCGCCGCCGAUUCGACCCUACCAUCUCCGCGGACUUGGGUUAUCAGACCCCACGCGGCAUGAGCAGCACUAAAAGCCAUGGAAGGCUUAGGAGGAGACACGGGUCCCGCCAGUGCGGACAGAUACCAACACCCGCAUUGGGAACGGGUGGCAUUUUGCAUUAAUAUUUUCGUCAUUCUUAGCAACGAUACCACAGAGAUACCAAAUGCCCUUGCAUGCAUCAAAAAAAGGCAAAUUGUUUCUUC